AGAUUAUUUGGUUGGGGUGUGGUGCAAUUGACUCCAAUCCUUAGCCAAACCCUCACAAAGCCCGUUUACCCAAUCAUGGCCUUAGCCCUAUGGGGAACAAUCAUCGCCAGUGUCAUCUGCCUAUGACAAACAGACCUUAAAGCACUAAUCGCUUAUUCAUCCAUAGGCCACAUGGGCCUAGUCAUUGCUGCGACUCUUACCUUGUCUCCUUGGGGCCUAUCAGGGGCUAUCAUUUUAAUAAUUGCACACGGCCUGACCUCCUCACUACUAUUCAGCUUAGCAAACACAAACUACGAGUGCACACACACCCGAACAUUGCUACUAACCCACGGCCUUCAAGCCACACUCCCACUAAUAGCCCUCUGAUGGCUGCUUGCAAACCUAGUCAAUAUAGCACUACCACCAACCCUCAAUUUUAAAGGGGAAAUUCUAAUUAUCUCAACCAUAUUUUCUUGGUCCCCUUACACCAUCAUACUAACAGCAGUCGCUUCCCUACUAACAUCAAUCUAUUCCCUCUAUGUAUUAGCCACCCAACGUGGCCAACAAAUACCCCACCUUAGCAUUACCGAAGCCGCCUACACCCGAGAACACCUUCUACUAACACUUCACCUACUUCCGCUUGCCACAUUGGCCAUUAAACCCGAACUAAUCCUCGGCCUAUUCUACUGUAAGUAUAGUUAA